UACCAGCCGGGUCUGAGCGGCAUCAGCUACCGGGUCCUCCUUCGCUUCCCGCAGAGGGUGAAGAACCAAGGCACAGCGGACUUCCUCCCGGUCAAACCAUACCACGCUUGGGAAUGGCACAGCUGCCACAACCAUUAUCACAGCAUGGAAGCUUUUAGUAACUAUGACCUGCUAGAUGCCGUCACCCACAAGAAGGUAGCCGAAGGACACAAGGCCAGCUUCUGCCUGGAGGAUACGACCUGCGACGUGGGAGUCCGGCGGCGAUACGCUUGCACAGCUCACACUCAGGGUCUGGGUCCUGGUUGCUACGACACCUACGAUGCUCACAUUGACUGCCAGUGGAUCGACAUUACAGACGUCGCCCCUGGGAAUUAUAUCCUCAAGGUGACCGUCAAUCCGGACUUCUUGGUGCCUGAGUCAGACUUCACAAACAAUGCUGCCAGGUGUGACAUAACAUACACAGGGACGCAUGCCACCGCACGGAACUGCAAGAUCACCAGCAAUUAAACGGCGACCCGAUGGCAGUGGAGCGAGACCGCUUCGUACCCCUUUCCCCCUCAGGUGCUUCAAACCAUAUCUGCAACCCCGCCGGACCAAAUGAGACUCUGUGGCUCGAGACGCACUUUAAAAUUUGCCCAGCCCUCGCUUCCUAUCCUGUCCCGGCUGCCACCAGUAUUCAGCAUUAGGCAUUCGCUUUUAGGGAGACUGCUGAUACAUUGAUGAUAGAUACCCUUACCCAGACAGAGAGUAUAGAAGUGGAGGGGGCUGCCUGAACCCACCCACCUCCCCUUUCCCAAGGCAGAGAAAGCCCACAUUGCACAGAAUGGCACCCAACGAUGAAGAAAUUGAUACUAGGUCAUUUUCUAGGUCCCAACUCUACAGUUCUGCGGCUCUAAGAGGGAGACUGGGUGUGAAAACCUCCGAGAAAAACCACCGGCAUCCUCUAAG